AUCACAAUCAGGCUGAUGCUGAUAUUAAUUCUUUCCUUUACAGCUGCCUUCUGGAGCCAAACUCAGUGCCAAAAAGCUACCGAUGAAUUCAAGUGCCCUCAACAGUUCGGUUACUUCCGGGACCAAACGGACUGCAGCAAAUACUUCAUAUGUGUGUUCGGAGACGCCCUACGUGACAAGUGCACCCCGGGCCUCUACUUCAAUAACGAGCUCCGAAUGUGCGAUUGGCCCAGAAACGUCAAAAACUGUGAGGCUGGUACUCUUGCAAAGUCAGAAUCGUCAAAUGGACGGCGAAUUUAUGGAACAUCCACGAGUAGACCGAGGUCAUCAAAUAGUAACAGAUCUCAUCGCAACAACAAUAUUCCGAGCAUUAAUUCUAUAGCUCCAGCAAACCCAACUCAGGGUUCUCGCGUGGGGAGCCGUUACACACCACCUAUCUCUAUCAGUGAAUCUUACGCUGCUGCAGUUAGGAACUCAACGAGUUUUAGACCAUCUCUAUAUAUGAGACCAUCUGCAAUUACAACAAAUCGCCCUACUUCCACCAGCAGUGUUCGCCCUUACCUGUACAGCACUGGACCACCAGCAAGUUUUAAGCCUAUAUAUUACAGAGUAACAACCAAGCCUGUGGCUCCAUCUCGUCCUUCUCAUCAGUCACUUAAUAACAAAAAAAAAGAUUUCGAGGAGGAUUAUUAUGAUAGCGAAUAUGAAGACGAAGAAGACAGUAUUGAAGAACCACAGCUGAUGGUUAACCAACACCUUCGAAACGGCAAUAACCUCUACGUUCGCCCAAUUUCUAUUACAACUCUAAGACCAACUUUACCUCCUAGGAACGACUCCAAGUGUAAGACCUUCAAAUAUAACAAUAACAUCCGUAGUAAUGGGAAUAUUCUUCGUCCUCCUCCAAAUACUAGGACCACUUAUAUUCGACCUAGUGUAUCAUAUAGUAAUUUUAAUCAAAGAGACCAUUCUUCUAGACCUAGCCAUUCUGAUUCAUCCGAAACUUCUACUGAAGACAGAAGACCAGCUUACGUUAGAAAUAUCGUACGACCUGCAGCUCCUACACACGGCAGUAACGUAAGGUCCAGAACAUCAAACAGCAACUCCAAUUCUGCGCUUUCUAACGUCUAUACAUCCAAGCCAAGAAACACCGAUUCUCUAAUCCGUUUGCGGCCUCAGGUCAAUAACGGAGGCAGCAACAUUCAAUCCUUGGACAACGGUGGUGAAAGUCUUGACGCACAAUUUGGCACCAAUCCUCGGUCUAUUAGCCUUCCGGAUCGACCGUACAGACUCAAUUCCUUCGAAUCAAGCAGCGACAUGAGGAAAGCUGAAAGAAACCAACAACAAAUGAACAAGCCCAAGGUGACAUCGACGCGGUACUCGUCCCCAGCUCGACCGUCAUACAAAACAGGCGAUUCAUCUGAAGGUUUCGAUGACUAUUCUGAAUACUACUACGAUGAGGAUGAUUAUGAAGACGAGGAUGAUGUACAGAACAUUAGUCCAGUACCGAAGGUUGUGAUACGACUUCAAAAGCCACCGUCCACCACUCGCAGGACCACCACGACUACCACUACCACAACCACAACCACAAGAAGACCAAUUAUAACAACCACCAGACGUCCUCCAACGACAAGACCAACCAAAAGACCUCUGCCGUUUGGUAUUAGCAGACCAGCUGUAAAACCUAUCAAAACAGGACCAAAACCUCUUCCUAAGUUACCCUCAAGACCGCCACCAGUGUAUACAACACCCAGACCUCUGGUAGUAGCUGACAAAUGUAACAGCCGGAACUGUGUUCUUCCGGAUUGUAGAUGUGCCGGAGCAGAUGUUCCUGGUGGAAUUCCCUCUAAGGAAGUACCGCAGAUUGUUCUGAUCACAUUUGAUGAUGCUGUCAACGAUCUAAAUUACGAAUUAUAUUCCGAGAUCUUCGACAACAGAAAGAAUCCCAAUGGGUGCCCUAUACUAGGUACCUUUUAUGUGUCGCAUGAAUGGACAGAUUAUGGCAUGGUACAGAGCCUCUACUCCAAAGGUCACGAGAUGGCAUCUCAUUCAAUCACCCAUAGCCAUGGGGAAAAAUUUUCUGUCAGUCACUGGGCAAAAGAAAUUAAUGGUCAGCGAGAAAUUCUUCACUUGUACGGUGGUGUAAAACUUGAAGACAUCAGGGGCAUGCGAGCUCCUUUCCUCCAAGUUGGUGGCAACAGUAUGUUUGAGAUGUUGUACCAAACCAACUUCACUUAUGAUUCAUCUAUGCCUGUCCUGGACAACAAUCCUCCUUUCUAUCCGUAUACCCUUGAUUACAACAUUGGCCAUGAAUGCAUGAUUCCACCUUGCCCAACGAAAUCUUUCCCAGGCUUAUGGGAGGUUGGCAUGGUUAUGUGGAAUGACUACAGAGGAGGCCGAUGCUCCAUGGGUGACGCAUGUGCCAAUCCUGAUAAUGCAGAGGAUGUUUAUAAAAUGCUUCUGAAGAAUUUUGAGCGACAUUACAAAUCAAAUCGAGCUCCAUUUGGCCUGUUUUAUCAUGCAGCUUGGUUUACCACGCAGCAUUACAGAAAAGGAUAUCUGAAAUUCAUUGAUUAUAUCAAUUCCAAAGAUGACGUAUACAUCGUAACUAACUGGCAAGCUAUCCAAUGGAUAAGAGAUCCCACGCCUUUAUCUAGGAUUAAAUCCUUCAAACCUUGGCAGUGUCCAAAGGACCCAGAAAAGCCAGGGCCUUGCCAUCAUCCCACUUCCUGCAAUUUGAAUUACAAAGGAGGAAGCAGGAAUUUGAAAACUUGCCAGCCCUGUCCAUCUGUUUUCCCCUGGUCUGGUAGAACUGGAUUCGAUGAAGUAUACGCGGUAUGAAAUUGUGGUUGACAUUCCAAUUCGAAUUGUGAUUGAAAAUUACCGCAUUGCGCAUUCGAUCAUUUUUAAAUGAACAAUCUUCUGAGUGAUCUGCGUAUUCCUUCCUUACAAAAUGACAAACUUCGAAACAACGAUCUCGGGUAAGAUCAUAAUGGACAUUUGUAAAAAGUUAUCAUUAGUUCUUAGUGAAACUACUAAGGGAAAAAAAAAUACAAUGGAAAAUUGUCUCUUUAAAUAGGUGUUUCAACCGCAAUGCCAAAUAGCGUAAGAUGGAAAAUAACCUCAUGUAGUAUUUAUAAUGUUAGAUUUUUACGAACAAAGCUUCUAUGACAAAAUUUUAGUUAUGCUCUUCAAAUAGACUCUGUAUAAAUAGACUGUUAUUUAAAAAAAUGUACGGUCGAUUAAUUUCGAGAGAUAAAUGGAAAUUCAUAUAUAUAUAUAUAUAUAUAUAUACAGGAUGGCGCAGAACAAAUGGGGCAAGGAAGAUCUGUGUAUUAUUAUAGUAUGUGUAUGUUGACAUUUGUGUUGCCUAAAGUCCAAAAGAGAACUUACUCUUCCAGUGUGUUGUAUGGACUGCUCAAAGAAUGCAGUUUAUGUAAAUAAGCACGAAACUAUCAAAGCAAAGCAAAUUUAUACGUAUAAUUAUAUAAUGUACAAACCUAUCAGAAAAUUACUAGUAAAUACAUCCAAUGAUCAGUUUUUGAAUCACUUUUGUUUUAAUCAAUCUAAUUAUUUUAUACUAACAUAUGUAAAACACUGUUUUGAAUCCAGUUAUGUGAUUUUCACUAAAACGAAAGGUUUAUUUUUCACAAGAGUGAGUAAAUUAUGUUAAGAAUAAUAUAUCAUUUUUAUUGCCCCAUUACUUCUGCGCAAUGCUCUAUAAUAAACAAUUUUUUUUUAAGUUCUUCUUAGGAAGUAUCUCUAAUUAAAAACAGUUAAGUAGACAUCUGACAUUCCUAAACUGCAUUUCUUUACGUCGACUCCUCAUUGUAAUGUUUUUACUUAAAUAAGUUACACAAAAUUAGGCCUAAAUGCAAUUUUCGUGAUGCAUCUAAAAACUUUUUAACGUCUUGUUUAAUAAGUUUCUUUAAAAAAAAACUGUUUAUUCUCAUGCAGCAAAAUCUAUUUGCAAAAUAUACUUUUACAAUUAUAUAUAUAUAUAUACAUAUACAUAUGUAAUUUUUUUAUUAAAAAAAUCUGGAUUCUUUAUAUGUAUCUGUAUAUGUGUGUGUGUGUGUGUGUGUGUAUAUAUAUAUAUAUAUAUAAAGCCUUGCAAAGUGAAAGCUUCAUCAUUUUGAAAGCAAAGGAAAUCUCUUUUUAUUUUUCCUCUCACAUACAUCCACGAGUUUCCAUGUAGAAUUUUUUUAAUUUAUGAAUUAUUUCAAAAAAAUACUAUAAAUCUUUCAGUAAACAGGUGCCUGAUAGUGCUAAGAAGCCAGCAGCUUAAUAAAAAAGCUAUAUUACAGUACUUUUUUUAAUUAUCAACUAAUUUAUCAACAUAUGACAUUGAUAGGUUGUUUUCUGAAUUUCAUUAAUUAAAAUAUAGUCAUAACUACUGUAGAUUACAUAUUCUUCUUGCUAAAUGUGCAUAAUUAAACACUUUUAAUUAGAUAUCAUAAUUGAUUUUAUUAGUAAAUAUAUGCAUAAGUUCAUUAUUAAUUAUUAUUGCUGUAUGUCAGAAAAUAAGAUAAACAAUUUUGAACUUUUCAUACAAUGUGACAUUGGUCCAGUUACAUGCAAGAAGUUUACUAAAACAAUGAUAACAAUUUUUUGCAAGGUAUUUGAAAAAAAUUUAAACGCCCCCCCCCAAACUAAAAACUUUAACUUCAAAUUCAUGCAAAUAAGAAGUCUUAAUUAUAAUCAGUCCUUCAAGAGAAAAAAAAAUUUCCAUAGAUCCUGAGGUUUCAAAGUAGGAGAGAGAUUUCUUGCAAUACUUUUGAGCUUUCUGUUUCACCAUAAAUAUCAAUUUCUAAUGCUUUCAUUCUAGUGAAGUUUUCCAUGCUUUCUUGAAAUAAUCAUCCACAAAAUGCCUAUUCAGUGCUACUUCAUACUUUUUAAGAACAUUCCUUUACAGUUCUAUGAACACUUGUGAAUUGUCAAUUAUAUGUGUACAGCUGCUCUGCUGUAAUUUAAAAUUUCUCCAUUUUCGGAGAGUGGUGGUGGGAUUUGUGGAUUAUGUUAAAUUAACUGACUUUUAUAAAAUACUGUAUUCUUCAUUUAGUGUAAAGAUUAUGUCAUACACAAUCAAAAAGAAGACUUUAUGUAUAAUAAACAUUUGUAACUCGAAACACAAAAAAUUUGAACACUAAAUUUAAAAAAAAAAAAAAAAAAACUGACAUUUUCAAAAGAAUAUUCCCAGAUAGCUAAACUAAAUUCACAUUUAUUUUAGAAUAACUACAAAAUUUUCCUAGUGAAUGUUAUUAAAGUAAGAAAUAUUCAUGCAAUACACAUAUUAAGUACUGUAAGGUUUAAUCAAGAAAUAAUGAAACAGAACCGCAUUCUCUUUUCCUAAAUUUAAUCAUUAUUUAAUCAAAGAAGAUAAUUUUCAAUGUUUAACCCAUAAUAUGUAUUGUUUUAACCCAUUCUUGAUCAAGCUUCCAAUCCAAAAAAAGCACUUUUUUUUUCAUUGCCAAAAAUAAAUGUUCUAUCCUGAGCUUGCAAAUGCAAAACAUUUUGGCCAGUAUACAGUUGUGUGCUUGACUGAAUUUGGGAGCAGAGUGUCAUACAUGUGAUAAUAGUGUACAAUAAUCUCCAUUUCUCCCAGGAAUGCACCCAAAUUAAUUUAAAAAUUCUUUGAUAUUAUAUAUAUCAAAUCUAUUGCUUUGAUGUAUUUAAGAUAAGUAAGUACAUAAAAAAUAUUAAAAUAUAUAUAUAUAUAUAUAUUGGAAAAUAAUUU